AUUAAAGAAGAUCAGAUUCUUUCAAUGAUGACAUACGUGUGCUGCGGAAUUUCUUCUUUGACGCUAAUUUUAACUGUAAUUUGCUUCCUGAGUAUAAGGUCAUUACAUGGCAGAAGAAGCAUCAUCACUGGUAAUUUAUGCUUUUCUCUCCUCAUCACAAAUCUACUCGUAAUUUUUGGCCUGGAUCAAACUCACAAUAAAAUUUUAUGUGCAGUAAUUGCUGGUUUGCUUCACUUUUGGAUUUUAUCUGCUUUCUGCUGGAUGCUGGUCGAAGGGUACCACCUCUACAGAAUGGUCAUUCUUGUUUUCCAACGAGGAUCUACUUUAUCUAUAAAACUGUAUUAUAUAUUUGCUUAUGGAACAUCUGCAAUUGUGGUCAGCAUUUCGGCAGCCGUGAGGUCUAAUGACUACGCUAGAAAAGAUUAUUGCUGGCUGUCAUCAAAUAACGGACUGAUGUGGAGUUUUGCUGGUCCAGCCUGUGCCAUUAUUUCAGUGAAUAUAAUAGUAUUUAUAUUGACUCUAAGGUCAGCAUCAAGUGUGAGAAUUAAGCGGGAGCAAUCAACAUUGAAAAAAAUAAAAAGCUGGGUAAGAGGAUCUAUGUCUGUUAUGUGUCUAUUGGGCUUGACGUGGUGCGUGGGAUUAUUUUACAUAGACAAGAAGCUGCACUUUUUCUCAUAUAUCUUUACUAUAUUAAAUGGACUACAGGGUGUGUUCAUUUUCUUCUUUCAUGUUCUCUUGAACGAUAAAGUCAACAGUUGGUGUUCAUGUAAAGGAAGCAAACAAGAUAGGAGAAAAUACUUAAACCAGACAUCCAGCAAUCGCUUGCACAGCAAAACCUCAACAAGGACUAGUAUGAAUAGUUUAGGAGGGACUACUUCAAAUUUGCCAAUUUCCACCUCACGAAGUACAGAAACGCAAGCAAAUAUGAUUUCGUCGAAGGAAAAUGGGAGAGUCUUACCCCAAUCAAGGACAGGAUUCUCAAAUUCUAAGAAGACUCACAUAAAUUACCGAAAAAACAAGGCAACACAUACUAUGUCAGAAACUAUGCCGUCAAAAGCUUCAUCUUCUUAUGUAAACAAAAUUCGGUCUCGGUCUCUCCCCGAAGAUACAUAAAAUCAUCAUACGAAACUGGGCUUUAUAAAGGAAGGUAACUCAAAGUACUUAAAACAUUAGACUUCAAAAAGUAACUUCAAAACUUGACUUUCACUAUGUUGAAUAAAAUUCUCAGUGAAGACUGAUAACAAGCAUUGUAAUGCAUUGUGAUAAUAAAUGCGCAUGUAUAAACAUAUAUAUUGUGAUAGAAGAAUGAAAUAAUAUCCCACGAAGCAAAAUUGUAACCAAAUGUUCAUAGCCCCAGUUUCAAGAUGAUAUUUAUAGGUGCCCCGUAAGCUCUGGAACCGCUGGCUUCAUACGUCCUGAAUCAUAAGGUAUACCUUCUUUUAGAAUGUAAAUAGAAAAAGGUAAUGAAAGAAAGUAAAAUCAUUUCCAUCACAGG